UAUAUAAGUUCAAGACGCCCAAUAAACAUAUGCACUAUUAUUCUUUCAAAUUUGAAUCAUUUCCAUUCAAAAUCCAUGGAAGCUUCACAACCAACUUGGUUAUCAAAUCCAAAUCCAAAUUCAAAUCCAAACCCAAACCGAAUCUCAACUCUCCCUAGCCCGAAUUGCUCGUUUAGAGUCUCAUUUGAUGAGGCUUCCUUCAUUGAAAUGGAUCCUAACCUUACCCCCUCCAAAAGAUUCCUCGUUCGUCCCGAUUCUGAUUCUAGUUUCGAUUUUCCGACAUCGCAAGCGCCUUCAACACUUGUCCAUGCCGAUAAGCUCAUUUCAAAUGGGACCUUGAUUCCCAUGAAAUCACAUGGCCCGUCUGGCUCGGUUCCCAAUUCACCUCUCUAUCCCAUCAUUCAAGACAACAAUCGUCUUCGUAAAAGCCGUUCUAUGAUGCUACGUAGGUGUAACCGACUCCCAAAAAGAAUCAUACAAAAAUACAUGGAUUUGGUUCAACCGAUUUGGUGUAGACUGAGACGGGGGAGGUCAGAUAGCAGUAGGGUACAAGGAGUCGAGAACUGGGAAUGUUCUUCUGCUUACGGUCCCGGCCCUGGUCCUAGGACAAGCGGUGCGUGUUGGGCGGAUAACCGUCGAAGAUCUUGUGACUCUGAGAGCUCGAUUCAUGAGGCGGUCGUCCAUUGCAAGAGAACCAUUGGUAUGAAUUGAGAGUUUGAUGAUGUGCUUCUAUGUAGUUAAUUUUGUAAAGUCUCAUUGAUAGUACAUUAAAGGAAAAAUGAAUUUAUGCCUUCAUGUGGCAAAAAAUGUUACAUUGUAUCAUACCAAUGAUUGCAUAUUUGCAUCACAUGUAUUGUUGGUCAUAUGUUUUAACUUGAUAUCGUUUGGCCAAAAUUGUAAAGCACUAAACCUAAAGACUAUUUUCUUGUUUUAUCUUA